AUGUUCUCCCACGGACGUCCAGAGCCUUGUCAUUGCUCGACGCACUACUUCAAUUCAUCAGCUACCAGUAGGCCACCCAAGCGCACCCUCUCACCAAAAUAUGAUAUGUCGCCUACAUUGGCUGCUACUCGCUCCGAGAACGUGGGUGGAUGGCUCACGGGCUAUCGUUCCUGCUCAGAGCCCGGCUCCUGGCGUCGUGUCAGCAGCCAGUAG